UCAGAAAAAUGAUGCAGUAUAAAAAAAGCCCAAAUCCUACAUUGUUGUGUUAGUAAAUAAUCUAAAUGGAAUCCCAAAAUAAUAAAAUGGCAGUCACGGAAGAAGCUUUUCCAUCUGUCCGCAAGGAAUGUGGAAAGAGAGGACGGAAGCCUGGAAGAAAAACAUCGACCGAAAAAAUAGAUAUAAAGGCCAAACUUGAACGUAGCAGGCAAAGUGCUAGGGAAUGCCGGGCCCGUAAAAAACUACGCUAUCAGUACCUUGAGGAGCUAGUUGCAGAUCGUGAAAAGGCCGUCGUUGCAUUGCGGGCUGAACUGGAACGUGUUGUACAUACUCUGGAGUAGACAAUUAAAUGAACAUGUCUCAACACCCAACACUGACCAGUUCCUGAAAGAAAUCGGAAUUAUUAAAGAAGAAUAAUUCAUGUUAAUCUAUAAUUAGAACUAUAAACACAUAAAUAUUUUUCUGUCUUAAUUUAAUUAAACGCCCUUGCAGGGUAUUAUCAAUUUGGUUAUAUUUUUGUAUCGAAUAGAGUGAAGCAGCUCUAUCACAAUGAACUUCGGUAAAUACAUAUAUUAUAGCACUGAAUAUACAAAUAUA